UGUAAAACCCACAACCUGUCAGCCAUCAGUCAAAAAAUUCGAAUCGAAAAGCUGAAAAACCACCAAAAAUGUUCCGAAUCGCUUGUUUCAUUUUGCUGCUCAUCCUGCUAAAGGACCUGGGAAUUUCCGAUGGCGAGCCCUAUAACAAACAACUGACCAUAUUUGUCGAGGCUGGCAGACAGGAGUGCUUUUACCAACCGAUUGCCUCCACUGAGAACAUUAAAAUCGACUAUCAGGUGAUCCAUGGUGGACUUGGCGAGACGCAUAUCAAUUUUAAUUUAAUGGAUCCGAGUCGUAACCUUCUGAUCAAUGAAAUAAAGCAGGAGAAGGGAAGUCGCGAGCUGGUGGCCAAUGAAACUGGGUCUUAUAAGAUUUGUUUCGAUAACACUAUUAGCUCUUUUAACCAAAAGAUCGUAUCAUUCACCCUGGAGGUAACCCAUGCGGACAAAAAUGAGAGGGAGCUGCGAGAUCUACGUCGGGAAAUGUUAACCGAUUACCAAUUCGAUGUGGCUUACACUGGUAUCGAUAAUUACAUGGGCAAGAUACAUGUGAACCUCAUGAGAUCCCGGCAAUCUCAGGACUUUAUUCGAGCGAUUGAAGCCAGGGACCGAAAUCUGGCCGAAUCGACCUAUGCCAUGGUCAACAAUUGGUCGUGGACUCAGUUUUUGACCAUGAUAUUUGUUGGCUUUCUGCAGGUCCUGAUGGUGAGAAGUAUUUUCCAUACAACCGGAACGUUCCACAAGUUUUGGAAAUGUUUUUAGUCGAAUUGUCCAUCACUUUUGGGAAAUGUUAUU